AUGGAGAUCGGUGAUUUCCCUCCGCUUCGGAAUACCUCGAUUCUGGGGCCUAUUCUGGCUUCUUCUCCAGCUUCUCCUGAUACUUCCUUUGCUAAGAAUCUGGCCAAUCCCUCCAUGGCGAAAGAAGAUUUUCCUGUAUCCUUUGUUCGCCCUAGUGAAAAGCUUACUUUUAAAGAAGACGAUCUUUCUGAAGGUGUUUCAGUCUGGUCUUUCUCUUUAGUCGGUUAUUCUUUGGGGCCAAGGCCCUAUUAUGAAAGGUUACUUGCUGCUAUGAAAAAGGUUUGGAUCUUGAAAGGUUCGUUCUCUCUUCUUUCCUUGACAGAUGGAUUUUUCCUAAUUAAGUUUACUAACCAAGAAGAUUUUGACUUGGUUUGGUCCGGAGGGCCCUGGUUCUUGUUAGGAAAACCGUUUAUUUUGCAAAAAUGGUCCCCUAAGUUUCAACCUAAGAGGGAUGAACUAUCUUCUAUACCUAUUUGGAUAAAAAUCGUUGAUCUUCCUCUGGCCCUUUGGACCCCGAAAGGUAUUUCGACUAUAGCUAGCUAUAUUGGUAUACCUUUAUCUGUGGACAAUCUUACUGCUAAAAGAGCUAGAUUAACUUUUGCUAGGGUGUGUGUUUCUGUCUCGAAAGAUUCGACUUUACCGGAUGAAAUUCCGAUUAAUAUUGAAGGGGUGGAUAUCCAACUUAAGGUGAUUUAUGAUUGGAAACCUAGCCACUGUGAAGGCUGUGGAUCCAUGGUUCAUACCUAUUCCUCUUGCAAUUCCAACCCUAAUCCCAAACCGGUUGUCUUUCCUCCGCCUAAACCCAGGAAUAAAGGAAGGAGUACUAGCAGAAACCCUAGAUCCAGAGCUCCGGCGCCGCCCGAAAUUCCCUCCUCUCCUCCUAGGGUAAUUUUGGAAAGUAAAAAUACUACCGUUGAAACCUUUCCUAAUUUAGCCUCCUCGGUUGAAAAGGAAACUGCUUCUCUGAUCCCUAACAAUUGCACUCCUAAUAAGGCUAAUAUUCCUAAUCUAAACAUUCCCAUUGAGGAAGCUUCUUCGUCGAGCCAUGUCUCUCCCCCGCUGGCUAAUCCCCCAAUUAAUUUCAGGCUGUCCAAUAAAUUUGCGGCUCUUCAUUCUGAAGAUUCCCAAAAUCAAGAAUCUGAUGACAACGGUUACAAUCCUAUUCCGAAUGACAUUGAUAAAAAACCGGAUACUCCUUCUUCCCUUAAUUCCUCUGUUAACAAAUCCCAUUCUUCUCCCGUCUCGGUGCAAACUAGAGCCAAAUCUGUCAGGAAGUUUUUGAAGAAAACCAUAAAGGAUAGGAAUUGGUCCUCCUCGUGCUAUAUUUUAAAUUCUUUACAUGAUUUCAAUAUCAAGCAGAAUCAUUACUUGGCUGAGCUUCAGUAUGAUCCGUUAAAUAGCAAUUUAAACUUUCUCUACAAGUAG